UGGAAACUUUUGGGACUGUGGCUUAGGUGCUCACUGGUUGUCCUCCGACAAGGGUGUUGGGCUGGUGGCUCGGUUCUGGAUAACGUAAACCAGCGGCGCCAAGCCAUUCUUGCCUCGAUGGCGGGUGCCUGCGCUGUCGCCGUGGCCAACUCCAACUUGGCGCCGCGCCACAGCUUCCUCCGCGUGAGCUGCCGGCAGAGCCCACGCGCGGGUGCGCCCGCUGGCGCGAGGAACCGCGCCGCCCGCGGCCGCGCGCGUCUCUCCCGGCGCGACCCCGCCGAGGCCGAAACGGAAGCGGGCGUGGGGCAAGCCCUGAAGGACUCCAGCUACCUUUGGACAUUGCUGCUCGGAUCCGUUGGUGGUGCCGCGGCUAUAAAGUACGGAAGCAUUCUGCUCCCUGACAUCACGAGGCCAAACAUCGUGCAAGCUCUGCUAAUGGUGUCCCUGCCUGUAGUAGCUGCAGUCUUGCUUUUGCUCAAAGCGAGCUCCACUGAGGACUGAUUCAAGGACUCCUUGUCCAAGUUUGAGAUUACCGUAACUUCUUAGAGUUUUACUUUAAUGGUAUCUUGUAAGAUGAAAAUUUGAGACUAGAGUUGAGUAAUAUUUCGAAGCUGUUUGGUGUGGUGGUCAUGGCCACAGCCCACAGUCAGUAAAAACACUUGAUAAGUGCUGCAUAUAAGAAGCCUCGUCCAAAUAUUUCAGGGGUA